AUGGAGCUGUUGAAAAGCGUCAGCCUGCCGGCGGAGCAGCACGCCGCGGAGCUCCGCGCGAUGGCCACGACGCGACCCCCUUCUUCUUCGUCUUUGUCUUCGGUUUCGGUUUCGGUUUCGGCUACGACGGGUGAAGCUACGAACGCGCGAGCGGGGGAGGGACGAAGCGGACGCGCGAACCCGCCGGAGGGCGUCCGGGAAACCGCGUUGACGACGCGCGGUGGCCCCUUGCCGCCCUGUGCGGUGCGGUUUCGCUAUCAUCUCAAACCGAUUCGCAUCCUGGCAGGGGCGGGAGGGCGGGUGAGUGGGGUGCUUUUCGAGCGCACCGACGCCGAUGUGUCGGAUCCGGACGCGCGUUACGUCGUGGUGCCCUGCGAUCUCGUUUUGACCUCGGUAGGGUACCUCGCGGAGGGCUUCCCGGGGGUUCCGUUCGACCCCAAAAUGGGCGUCAUCCCGAAUGAAAACGGCCGGGUGCGCGGGAUGCCGCGGGUUUACUGCAGUGGAUGGGUGAAGACGGGGCCGAAGGGGGUGAUUUUGCACACCAUCGCGGACGCGCAGGAAACGGCCGCCGCGGUGAUGGAAGACCUCCAGGCGAAUCGCCUCCCCACCGUCGGCAUCGACGACGACGACGACGACAACAACAACAACAACAAAAAUGGGGAGAACCCAAGCGAAACGCUCUCGCCCGCGGCGGAAUCCACCCCCUCCACCACCACGAUGUUCGGCAAAUACGGCCUUAUCGAUUACUUUGUGGAAAAGCAGAUGGAGCCCGUCUCCAUCGCGGGGGUGGAGCGCAUCCUGCACGUCGAGAAGGAGCGCGGGGUGGAUCUCGGAAAGCUCGCGGAGAAGGUGGAUAACGUGCGUGAUAUGCUCGACAUCGCGCACGGAGGGGAGAUUGGGAGCACCGCGAACGAUCGCGUUCGCGGCAUCGCGCCCGCGCGCCCGGAGCCGCUUUUAUAUCUCAAAGAGCUCCUCGACGAUCACACCGAUCUCGCGCCGCUUGCAAAGACGCUCGCAAGGGAGGUGCCCGGGAAGAUGGCGGAGGGGCAUCACCCCGGCCGUAUCUCACCCUUUCAGUUGUGA